UGUCCGGAUCCGAUGGGCCUCGAUCCAACGUCCCGAGGAACAGGAUCGGACGGACAUGAUCGACGUGGGCCACGCAGCAAAAGCAGAGGGAGCUGCCACGUCGGAGCACCCGACCCGCGCGUGAAAGGCUCAAAAGGAACCACAAUCCCCCUUCUCUCUAUUCCCGCCGCACUCUGCGCUUUCCUCUAGCCCCUUCUUCUUCUUCUUCUUCUUCUUCGUCUUCUCUGCAACCUCAUUUGCAGAGGAAUGGAGAGAUGGCGAAAUGAAAUCGAUAGACAACCUGGAAGACGGUGUCGCGACUACCCGUCUUUCUCCUCCACUCUCCUCGACGCUAUCUACCGCUCCAUCGAUGAGACAGAUAGCCGCGGAGCACAGGACCGCGUCUCUGCCAGGAAGGAGAGCACCCCUGCGUUCCCGGAGAGCAGAAGAAUCAUCCCUCCGGUGACAAAACCGGCGGUAACCCGUGCCCGCCGCACGACAACCUCCAGCUCCUCCGACGGCUCGAGCUACGGCGCGAGCUCCGGCGCCUUCUCUUCUUCCGCCACCGAAUCGGCCACCACUCCUCCCCCGCCUCCCCUUCGACCGAUCCGUACGAACCCGAUUCGAUCGGACCACUUCCGACCGGAUCACUGCAUCUCCUCCAGAUUCGACGAGAAGAGGGGGAAGAAAGAGCGCAAUGGCUCGAUCCGAAGCUGCCUGCGCGAUCUGAAGAAUGCGCGAUCCCCAUCCUCCCCCGGAGCUCGACUCGCCAAUUUCCUCACCUCGAUCUUCGCCGCUAAAUCGAAGGUAUCCGCCGAAUUGGCCUGCUCGACCGAACAAUCGUACUCACGAUCGUGUUUGAGCAAAACUCCGUCGACGGCGAAGAGGACGGUGAGGUUCUGCCCCGUGAGCGUGAUCGUGGGGGAGGAUUGCAGACCGUGCGGCGAGAAAUGGGUAUACGGAGGCGAGGGACUGAGA